GUCUCAUCACACACGAGAAGACGGUCGCGCGCGCGGUCACCCCGCGAGCAUCCUCCGACGACAAAAAGGAAAAUAGGAAAGAGACGAUAGCGAUCGGACGAUCGAUUAAUCCUGCCCGACAUUUAUUAUUCAUAUCGCGUGAUUCGGUGCGAAGUCCUGAACCGCCGCGCCGCGCUGCGCCGCUCCCGGCUUUGACGCCGGCUCUAGUCGUCUAACCGCGGCGUCUCGCGACUUAGGCGACGUGUCGCACCCUGAGGAGAUCGAUUUCUCCAGCACAAUCGAUUGAUCCCGAGAUCCCGAAGUGUCAUGUGAGACGAACCUGCCGGACUUGCGCGAGCGUAGAUCCGUAACGCGGAUCGAACGCGGCGCGGCGCGGCGAGGUGCCAAUUUUCCUCAAGUGCGCGAGUGGCGAAUUUGCAUACGACUCCGGCGCGGCGGGAACGAAAAACUUGUACGUGUCCGUGUCGGCGAGUGAAUUUGGCGAACCCAUUUGGACGAACGGGUUUCUCAUGCUGGUCAACGGAAGAGAGCUAUGAAGAACAUGAACGGCGUGAAGAAUUCCAUAGACCCCACCGACCCGACCGAGACCACCACUUUAAGGCCCAAGUUGGAGACCUUCGACGACAUUUUGCCAUACGUCGGCGACUUCGGCUGGUACCAAUGUCUGCUUCUGUUGGCGUUAUUCCCCUACAGCGUGGCGUACGCCGUCCUGUACUUCUCGCAGUUCUUCCUCACUCUCGUGCCGCUCGAGCAUUGGUGCAGGAUAGACGAACUGAUGUCACCGAAUUUUUCGCAGGAACAAAGGAUCGAACUCGGCAUACCUAAAUCCCAGAAUUAUCCGUAUUACGAUCAGUGCCAUCGGAAGGACCUGGAUUUCUCCGCCAUUCUGAGCCGCGGUGGUGACAUCCGCUCGAUCGAAUGGAAGACAAACAAGACCGUGGAUUGCAGCAGAUGGGAGUACAAUUUCACGCAGAUCCCGUACGCCAGUAUAGCGGCUGAGCUAGAUUGGGUAUGCGACCGGGAAUAUCUCAUAUCGACGGCACAGGCUAUCUUCUUCUGCGGCUCCAUCGUCGGCGGCUUCGUCUUCGGAUGGAUCGCCGACCACAAAGGCCGGAUCCCCGCGCUGAUGCUGUGCAACGCGGUCGCCCUCUUGGCCUCCAUCGCGACCGCGAGCGCGCGCACCUUCUGGUCCUUCUCGCUAUGCAGGUUUCUCACCGGGCUGGCUUUCGACAAUUGCAUCAACAUACCGCUGAUCAUCGUGGUCGAAUACAUGGCCGUGAAGAGACGAACUUUGGUCGUCAAUGUCGCCUUCGGCAUUUACUUCGCUCUCGGCAGCACGGUGCUACCGUGGGCCGCGUACUACGUAGCCGACUGGAAGUUCUUCGCUUAUAUCACCGCCGUGCCGAUGAUGAGCGUCUUCAUCACGCCUUGGAUUCUUCCCGAGAGCGCUCGAUGGUUCGUCGCCAACGGCAGAAUAGACAAAGUGGUGCAGAAGCUGCGGCGGAUAGCGAAGGUCAACAAGAGGAGCCCGGAUGCGCGCAUCUACGAGAUCUUCGUGAGAAACUUGACCGCGUCCGAUACUCACACGGAGAGCGCGACCAUCUUCGAUCUGUUGAGGUCACCGCGGCUAGCGAAGAACGCUAUCCUACUGAUCUUCAUAUGGUCUUUGACGGUGAUAGCGUUUGACGGCCACAUGUACUCUCUCAAGCUGAUCCAAAGCUCGGUGUUCGUGUCCUUCUCUCUCGCCUGUGCGACGGAACUGCCAGCCGGGCUGUUGCUGACGUUGCUAUUGGACCGUUGGGGCCGCAGAUUCUGCGGAUUUAUCACUCUGGCCAUGACUUGCCUCUUCAGCUUCGCCGAGUUGCUGCUGCAGUCGACCGUGGCGAUACUCACGAUGUCGGUGCUGUCGCGAUUUUGCCUCAACAUGGCGGCCAACGUGGGUCUUCAGUACGCCGCCGAAUUGUUGCCGACCCCGGUACGCUCGCAGGGCGUCUCGUUGAUUCACAUAAUCGGCAUAAUCGCUCACUCCCUCGCGCCGUAUGUCGUGGACGCGGCCAAGAUCUGGGACGGCUUGCCGAUGAUGAUCAUCAUCAUCGUGUCCUUCGUCGCCGCCACCCUCAUAUUGUUCCUGCCGGAGACGCUCGGCCGCGACCUGCCGCAGACUCUGCGCCAGGGAGAGGACUUUGGCAAGGAUCAGAGUUUCUGGACGUUGCCCUGCUGCCAGAAAUCCUACGUGGACCGGCAUCAACAUUAUCGUUCACGUGAGCUGUAGUCUUUUCAAUUUCAUUACGGUCCCCCGCGUGCAAACAGCGUGGGCACGUUAUAGCUCAAGAAUUUAUUAACGUCACGUCGACGCGAUGAAUUUAUGACGUUCCGUCGUACACGUUAAUGUAUAACACAAUUUAUUCAGUGACUAUACUUUUUUUAUAUGAAUUAAUAAAAUUUAUACAU